GGGGAUUUUCCUUUCCGAGCUACGCUAGCUUGUUAGUUGCCGAAGUAGCUAAAGGCGGUGGAAGACUUUUUGGUAGUCAUACAUCAUAUAAUUUAUCAUACACAGACUGCUAAUACGACCUUCAUGUGUCCUUCUUUUACUCGUUUGUCUGGAUAUUCGAGCUUUUUCAUCAACACACGCCUGGCUCAUGUUUUUCCGCGGGUCUAAAAAGCGACGAUCCUGCCGCUCGCAGGAGGACGAAGACCCAGACGGAGGGCAGCCCUGCAUGCGCUGCGGAGACCGGUGCCCCGGCUUCCGCGUCCACGGAUGGAGGAAGAUCUGCGUCCACUGCAAGUGCGUGCGGGAGGAGCACGCCGUGGGUUCGAUGCCGGGCCAGUUGGAGAAGAGGAUGACAACGCUGGUGUCGGACUUCCAGAGGCACUCCAUCUCCGACGACGACUCGGGCUGCGCCUCCGAGGAAUACGCCUGGGUUCCGCCCGGCCUCAAGCCGGAACAGGUUUAUCAAUAUUUUAGCAGCUGGCCAGAGGACCGGGUGCCUUAUGUGAACAGUGCGGGGGAACGUUACAGAAUCAAACAGCUGCUGCACCAGCUUCCUGCCCAUGACAGUGAGGCGCACUACUGCAGCUCGCUGAACGAGAAGGAGAAGCGGGAGUUGCGUUCGUUCAGCCAGCAAAGGAAACGGGACAACGUGGGUCGCGGCGUGGUCAGACUCUUCCCCGUGACCAUGACCGGCGCCAUCUGCAAGCAGUGCGGCAGAGAGAUCAGCGGCGGAGACGUCGCCGUGUUUGCCAGUCGUGCGGGAAACGGCGCCUGCUGGCAUCCUCGGUGUUUCCGGUGCGCCUGCUGCGAUGAGCUGCUGGUCGACCUGAUUUACUUCUACCAGGACGGCGACGUCUACUGCGGCCGCCAUCACGCCGAGAGGCUCAAGCCCCGAUGCCAAGCCUGCGACGAGAUUAUUUUUGCAGAUGAAUGCACAGAGGCGGAAGGAAGGUUCUGGCACAUGAAGCACUUCAGCUGUUUCGAGUGUGAGGCAGCGCUGGGCGGUCAGCGUUACAUCGUGAGAGAGUGUCGGCCGUACUGCUGCUCCUGCUACGAGUCGCUGUAUGCAGAGUACUGCGACACCUGCGGGGAACAGAUAGGUAUCGGCCAGAGUCAGAUGACGUACGAGGGCCGACGCUGGCACGCCGCGGAGUCGUGUUUCUGCUGCGCCCGGUGCCGUCUGCCCCUGCUGGGUCGCCCCUUCCUGCCUCGACGGGGGCUCAUCUUCUGCUCCCGGGCCUGCUCGCUCGAGGAGGACCCCGAUAACUCGGACUCCUGCGACUCGGCCCUCCAGAGCCGACCUCUUCAGCGCAGACGCUGCGGGCCGGCCCAGCGCCACCGGGGACUCCAAUGCGGUUCUCCGUUGCAACCGAUCCAGGGUGGCGAGCCGCUGAUAACGAGUGUGAAGUGUUGCACUCCCGUCGGAAGCGGCCUUUCUUCCUCCGGUGGUCUUCCUCAUCCGAGAGGCUCCUCCUACUCGCCCCUCCCCCACAUUCAUCGCGGGAACGGCCUCGCCCCCCCUUGGCCCCGCAACCUGGCGCAUUACACUUUAUCACCGGAGGGCGGCGGCGUCAAACCUCCGGCCGACGCCCUCUUCAAUGGGCAUCCUACACUUCCUCCUACUGGUCUGUGUUCAAGAGGAACCUCGACCGCUCAAGACAGUCGGAACGGCGCGGAAGAGACCAAUCCUCUCAUAAAAGACUCUCUCCGGACAAACGCGUCACCUGAGCCGCCCCCCCUGCCCCCGCCGCUUCCCAUCAAGUCCCGAGACCUCGUGCCGCAGGAUCCGUCUCCGCCGCCGUCUCGAAGCGGGACUGCGAGGGUCAGCUUCAGAGAACCCAUCAGCAGCAGCUACUCCGUGGAUGAGGCGGAGGCGGGGGACCCUGACGGCGCUCGGGACGGAGGCGAGGCGGAAGGAGGCUGCGGAGGCGGGCUGCGGCUGCAGAAAGGCAUCCCGCCGCAGAUGGAGCUACUGGCAGACGGCUCCUCUUCCCACCGAGGCGGUCUGCGGCGAGGGUGGUCUCGUUGCCACGUUUCAUCCGACCCGGGGCCCCCCCCGGCCCCGGGAGGUCGCUCGCGGGCCGAACCUCUUCGACCGGACGCCGCGGACAGCCGAGGCGAGGCGGAAGGAGACGCCUCCUCGCCGGGCCGCCGGCGCGAGCUGGAAGACUCGUGUUCCACGUGCUCGUCUUCCUCGGACUCCGAGCGGGAGGGCUACUUUCUCGGGCGGCCCGUCCCUCUGCCGCCGCAGCUGCGAAAACGCCAACAAGGAACAAAUGCGCAAGUGGAAGCGCAGCCGGCGGCCGGACGGGGCCCGAGGGACAGUUUCAGGCGUCUCGGCGCUAAGGACGGAGAUAAAAACUGCUCGGUCUCUUGACCCGAGGAAUGGGAGCGCCAGAAUGGCUAUGAAGGACCGUGUCCGGGUGUCAUGACUUUUAGAAGAGGUUGCCGGUUCAAAUGCGGACUGGAGUUUGAAUAUUUGCCCAAGUACGGGCGUUGCGUGGCUUUCCUCUGCGUACGCUGGAUUCCUCCCGCUUUCCAAAACGCACUCGCCGGUUUCAUUUUUUGCGCGCCGACAUCUACAUAACACCAUCCCAAAAUUGGGUUCAAUUGCCAAUUUAACGUGCUUAAAAAUGAAAUUAACCAGACAAAAAGCCGUCAUCACCUUCCCGCCGAUCUUAAAACCGUGAGUGACUCAACGGUUUGGCGUGUAGAAAUCAUUUUUGCCCGGCAGCGAGCCUUGUGGCUCGCCGUUUUCUCCUUCCCCAGUCUACAAACUAUUCGGGCGUUCGAUCUUGAGGCGACGCAGUUCAUAGAUUUGUUCUCAAAAUGUUUUCAACACGCUAUCAGCGUCAAUAAUGUGGAAAGACCAAAAGUAUCGAUUUAGAAAGAAAUUUAAAAUUGGGCGGCACGGUGGCGUAGCUGGAAAGCGUUGGCCUCACAGUUCCUGAGGUCCCCGGUUCAAUUCCGGACCCUGCCUGUGUAGAGUGUGCGUGUUCUACCCGUGCCUGCGUGGGUUUUCUCCAAGUGGGCUCUCCGGUUUCCUCCCACAUCCCAAAAACGUGCAACAUUCAUUGGACACUCAAAAUUGUCCCAAGGUGUGAUUGUGAGUGAGGCUGUUUGUCUCCAUGUGCCCUGCGAUUGGCCGGCGACCAGUUCAGUCCUGCACGUUGACAGGCAGGAUAGGCUCCGGCGCUCCCCCGCGAUCCUUGUGAGGAUAAGCGGCAAAGAAAAUGGAUGGAUGUAAAAUUGAGCAUAUUGGACAUGGUACCCGUGUUUGCCUGCAUUGUACUCCACUACAGUACUGUAGUUACUUUCCGAAUUGAGUGGGAAGCGAGGAAAAGAGAAGAAAUUCCUCUUAACUCUCUUUCUUGUUUCCUACCAACAUAAAAAUAGUCACAUUUUUAUCUACAUAUUUAUUUUACUUUUUUAACAUUUUGGCGAGUGAAGAAAAUUCCGUUAAUGAGCCAAAUGUAAUAGCCUGGGGACGAAGCAAAAUGUACAUUCCUCCUCACCCCCCCCCCCGGCACUAGCCCUGAAACACCCCCCCCCCCCCCCCCCAUGAAAAAUAUCCAAUUUCCACAUUCAGAAGAUGGAUGUUGACAGACCGCCGCGAUUGGCUGCUGCCCGGCCAAAGGUCACCCCCAAAGUACAGCGAACUAAUGAGGAUAAGCACUAUAAAAAUGGAGAGAAAUAAACAUUGACUAAUUAUUAACUUAGUGUAGCCCGGCAAAAGCCUUGAUUUCAGAUGAAAAUAUUUGUGUAGUCAUUUGUUUGUUUGAUGUUUCGAUGAUGACAUUUUGCCACGUUAAAUGUGGAC